AUGAGAGGAUCUAAGCACCAGACGGGAACUCUAACUGUGGAACCAGAGGGAGAGGACGUGGAGGAGACUUUGGCUGAGAAGAGUGGAUUCUUUGCUUGCUACCUGCUGUGUUCCUUGUGCCCUCGUUACAAGGGGCAUACUUACAUCGGGUGCCAACUAAAUCUCAUACAAGUGCCAAUUCUCUUCCCCCCCCUCCCCCCACGAAGAAAUUAUUUCGAUCCGCUUGAUAAUUUUUCUUUCCUUCUGCACAGUUUACUCUCUGACGGAUCUCUUCCUCUUCCUUUUUUUUUUCUAAGUUUCCACAAUAAAUGCUCCCUUAUGGCUCGAAGUUUUUUUCCUAUGUAAAGUAGCCUAACCAGUUUUCCUCUUAGGUAAAAUCCUUUCAAAGUUUUUUUUUCACGGAAUAUCUACACCUCGAGUUAUUCUUUCUAGGAAUGAUUUUCGCUCUCUUUCUUGCCUAUUCUUUUAUCUUGGCAACGUUAUGACGGAUUGAACUCGUGUAACAUUGUGCAUUUGCCCGGGUGAUUACCAUUCUCUGUCGUUUCAGUAGAUAUUUAUCCUCCUGAGCCCGACCAAAAGAGUAAUCAUUGAAGCAGACAGGCAACAAGAGACGAUGAUUGAUGGCAGAGAGGUUGAAUCUCUUCAGAUGUCUGUGUCUCCUCUCGUGGGUCUUACCUCACUUGGCCUAUUCCUCCAGAAACAUUGCGGGUUGACUAAAUUGUUUCAGAUUCCUCAAGAAACGUUUCCUCCAGUCCCAGAUCUUCAUAAGCUUCUGAUGUCCAGCUAAUUACAACACCAUGGUUUUCUGUAGAGAGCAAGCUUUGUGGAGAAUGAAUAAGCUAGGACGGUGGCAGUGUCUUUGUGAGAUAACUAUCCUGUGACUACAUAGACCCAUCUUAUGUGUUUAUCUGGCUCAUGCAGAUUUACGGUCAACCCCCGCCGACGAAUCAGACAACAUAAUGGGGAAAUAAGAUGUGGUGCAUGGAGGACCAAAAGUAAACGCCCUUGGGAGAUGGUACUCUGCAUACAUGGGUUUCCUUCUAAAGUGUCUGCCCUACAGGUGACCCUGCUUUCAGAUUUUUGCAUAAAUAAUUUGCAGUUUAAAUUGAAACAGCAUAAGAAGUCAUGGGAAAUCCAGGAACUGAUUUCUUUGAGUUGUUCAGUGCGUGAUUCAAUAAAAGCAUUCUCUUAUAGAUUGAUUUCUGAGCGAUUAGUAUCCGUUUUUCUUUAAUUAACAGGGUAAAUAUACCUGCCAUGGAGAAUAUUUACGUUUUGAUUCCGUCGACAGUGGGUCUGAUUCCGACAGUGAGCGUUGACUUUUGCCUCUCUUUUUUUGGUGUCAUCCUUAACUUUAUUUGACGAAAUAUCAAAACUAGAGAUCUCUCUCGAGGAAUCUCCUCUAAGACAGAAAGAAACGUGGCUAUCAUUUAUCGUGCAGCAGAACAGAAGCACUUCCAUACCAUUCACUAAACUGCAGGAUGCUGAAUUCUGCGGUUCUACUCACUCUGAAUCUAUUGAUUUAUUUAGGGUUCUUACCCUCGGUCUCUCAGUUUUUCAUUUUAUUUAAACAAUUCCUCAGUUCGAAUGGGCAUGGCAACACCCAAGGGAGUCCAAAGCUGUGAGAGAAGCAGCUUCGAGCUUCAAAUCCCUGUCCGGGCUGAUGAACAAGAUGAAGCUCGCCUACACGAUGCUCACUCUUCCUCAGUGGGAGAGGUAACGAGAUAAUACCACCCUCUUCCCCGUCAACGGCUCCAAAUCCUUGACUGCUCGUUCCUCCUCCUCCGCCAGGUUCAGUCUCUCUGUGAACUUCUUCUCCACCAAGUACACCUCGCACUCUGCCCACUGCCCCAGGUUGCCUAAGCACAUGAGGACUACUGUUCUUCCCAUGGAUGAACUCCCCUGCUACACGGAGAAUAUAACCUUCGAUGAAGACGACGAUGAUGGUGAUGAUCUAGAUCAUCGUCAUGUUCUUGAGGAGAGAGAGGAGCGUAUCGACGAACCCAUCUGCCGUCCGAAGGAUGUGGAAUCUGAUGAAGAACUGAGGAUGCAUACGUUGAAGAAGAUCCAGAGCGAAGGGGGAAAUGCGCUAGAUCAUCAUCAUGUUCUUGAGGAGAGAGAGGAGCAUAUCGACGAACCCAUCUGCCGUUCGAAGGAUGUGGAAUCUGAUGAAGAACUGAGGGCGCAUACGUUGAAGAAGACCCAGAGCGAAGGGGGAGAUGACCGCCCGAGCAGGAGAAAUCUGGGCCGGAUGGGGCGGCCAUCGCCGCCAAGAACAGCCGGCCAUGGAACUUCACUGGAGGUGAUAGAUCUCUCGACGCCGUCGAGCUGCAGAGUGGGUUCCUUCAGGAACAGUGCUUCCAUCUGCGCGGAGGUCAUCGACUUGACUGGGUCACCUUUCUGA